UUAUCAAUGCCACAUUUAGAUUUCAUAAGUAUGGCGCCUUUCGCGAUUACUUAAAAAUGUCAAAUUGUUAACUGAAAUUUAUUGAAUAAUUGCGCGUUGCUCGUUUUGUCAGAAACCGCUGAUCGAGAGAAAAUAAAGGCUGUGACAUAUCUGUGCAAUUAUCUAAACGUGGCACGUCUAGGAACGAAAGAUAACGAUAUUUUUCUCGAAGCAGAAAAGAAAACCAUAACCUAGAACGAUGGAUGAAACAUACUUUGAUGAGGGGCCAGCGGGAAAUUUUGAAACAGCCACCUUAGAGAUCACAAAAGAUCUUGAUGGCAAUGAAUUUAGUAAUUCAACCUCUGCAUCCACUGGGAUUGACGUUGAGAAGAGAAACAGAGAAAAUGAAGGCAACAUAUCCAAUCAAGUUCCAACAUCAAAAGAUGUAUCCACUAUUCCUUUUAAACAUCUAGAUAUUCAUUCUUUCUUCACGGAUAGAAAUGAAGUUGUAGCAAGAGCUAUAAAAGAUUGCCAAGACAGCUUAAUAAAUGAAGAAGAGAAAGACAUAGCUGGAAGCUGGCUGUUAACAGAAAUAAGCUUAUGGGAUAUCGAGAAAGAAAGACUGGUAGUGCUUACUAAAAAGGCUAUUUAUUCUAUCAAAUAUGAUUUUAUUUCUUUAAAAGUACUCGAAUACAAUCGAAUACCUUUAUCUCAACUUGAUACGUUAGUUUCGGGCGAACUAGUCUACCCAUCCUCGUCUCUAGCACCACGAUUAAAUGGAUUGGCAGAGGGGGUGUCAUCAAUAGUUAAUUGUGCAGUUCGUCAAGAGUGGUCUUCUGUUGCCUCUUGUACUGGACUUGCACAAUUUGAACCUAGGAAAAGGAACAUGGCUGGGGUAAGGUUGAUGUGGAAUAAGGGUAAUCCAUUGCCAUUGAUUAAGAAGUGGAAUCCUUUUGCAAAAGAUAUACCAUGGCUCACUUACACUAGUCACCCCUUAUUUUGGUACAAAGGAUCGGAAGAGGAGAAAUUGAAAUUUGAUGUCGAAGGUUUACGUUCGACUAUUAAAGAUUUAUUACCAUCAGAAUGUAAUAUAAGAAGUGGAUUGAUUAUCAUAGAGAAUUAUAUCGGCGUAGGUGCCUUGGUACAUAAUAGAAAUGCCCUAGGCUUCUUUAAAAUUAGGGGUAAAGUCAGCUUUUAAGAAUUGGCUGUAAGAGAAACAAAAGUUUGCUAGACUUAUCCAAAAGAUUUCGAUUUUUCAAAUUCUACUAAACGUAUAUUUAUAAAUUUUACGAUAUUUAUAACGCAAUAUCAAAACUAGUGAUAUGAAUAUAUAAUUUAUACAUAAGAUUCUAUAUACAGCAUUCUAAAAGUUCCCUGUUUACUUUCAAGAAUUUUGUUAUUGAAUUCUUAUGCACGUAUUAUACAUUCAUCUAUUAUAUAUUUUCACUCAGUACCUGGUAAACAAAAAGCUGAAAAUAAGAAUAAGCGUAUAUACAUCACAUAUUAAAGUAAUUUAUCUCUCUUUUAGAUGUAAAACUAUAUUUUAUAAUUCUAUAUUGUAAGAUUGAGGCUUGCUCUUAAUAAUAAAUAAAAAUAAUUCUUCUUCAACGUAUAAA